CGUAUUAUAGGAAUCUGACUGACGGUGUAUGCUUUUCAGGGAAAUGCCUGCGAUAAAACUUUUCGGACGAAAAUGGCUAGCCGCAACCGAUGAUCUCGUGUACCCGGGCUUGUUCGAGAUUUUCAUACGAACCGUAUGGUUACUUCUCAUUGGAACCGCCAGCGUUAGAUACUAUCAGUACACAUGGAACUGUCGGUUAGGAGGCGAUUUGGUUCGCGUGUAUCUUCUCGGACAAGUGGCGUUUCUUGUGCUGACCAUGCUUCUCAUGCUAAUCAUCGUCAGACAGAGCGCAAAAGGGUCUAUUAUGGAAACCCAAGCUCGUAAAUACGUGGAGCCGCUCUUGACAGUUAAGAUACUGCUGCUCCUUCCCGAGAUAUCAUGGAACAUUUUAGGAAGCAUAUGGAUGUUCGGCGGUAGGGUUGAAUGCAGUUACGACCAUUACACCAUCACCGUGGUGCAAGCUCUGGUGCUGUUCGACUGGAUCCUGAUUGGGCUGACGAUUUUCGGGCUGGCAUUAAUGUUCGACCCGUUAGGCUCGAUGGGCGACAAAAAUCUCGACAGCCUGGCCGAGCACAGCAAAGCGUCCCACAUUUGGCUACGUAGAUUUAAAUUUCUCUGGUGGAUGCGAAAAGACGAGAGCGCUAAUGAGACUUUUCAACAUUUCGCUGGAUUAAUCAGCUCCCUGUUCCGAGGAACGGACUUGGUUCCCUCUGACGUGGUCGCUGGCUGCAUCUUGUUAAGGAUACGACAGAAACGUGAAACUCAUGAAUUACGUCGUCUCAAUCUCCUUGUUCGUCCAGCAUGUACAACAGAUGCGUCCGUCAUAUUCUCUGAUACACCGAGUUGGAUGACCUUGGAAACUGCGUUUCAUUACAUAAAACUUUCAACAGCUUGUUACGGAUGGUUGUUCGUCCUUUACAAGCACCUGUGCACAGGAUGUUUUCAUAUUAUCCAGAACUUAACCUGUUGUUCCUGUUUUCGGAGAAAAAGGACCGCAAUUAAUGGCGACAAUUGUUGUUACUGCUAUUUGGCCGGCGUGAAAUUUCUGUCAGAUGUAUCCGUGGACGAUAUUUUAUACGCGUCAUUUAAGAAUCAUCUAUGCGAGAUCCCUUUCUGUGUCGUCGUCGACCACAAAACUAGCAGUAUCGUCAUUAUUGCAAGGGGCUCUCUAUCGUUACGUGAUAUAUUCACGGACUUUGCCGCGGAUUCCGACAUUUUUGAAUGCGAAGGCCUCCCACCGGGAUCAAUGGCUCACAGAAGCAUGAUAAUAGGGGCAAGAGUAAUUUUGGGACAGUUAAAGGAAAAUAAGAUUUUAGAACAAGCGUUCAAUACGUAUCCUCAGUAUAAUUUAGUAAUUACUGGUCACAGCCUGGGUGCUGGUGUAGGCAUUCUCUUAGCGUUCUUAUUACGGCCUACAUACCCAAAUCUGAAGGUUUACGCAUUCGCUACUCCAGCGGGCCUCCUCUCCCGGAACGUUGCCAGAAUAACGGAAGAGUUCGUCUUAACAAUCGGGGUAGGUGAUGACUUUGUGAUGAGACUCGGCGUUGACAGUAUAGAAAAUUUAAGGACAGCUUUACUCAUUGCGCUUCAAGCCUGUCGAUUGCCCAAGUACAGAGUGGUUUUAAACGGUUUGGGCUAUAUGUUGUUCGGUAUCCCUGAAAGGGAUCUCAGCAAGACUUGGAGUACAUGCAAUGUAAUAACCACAUCAUCAGGACAAUCUCCAUUGCUCAGCGAACGAGACGCCGUGAGAUUAGAGGAAAAUAAUAAAUACGAGCGAGACAUUACGAAAAGACGGUACUCGAAAGUGAAAUUGUAUACAGGAGGAAAGAUACUUCACAUAACAAGAAUCAAACCUGAUGGAAAACAGACUGAAGUAAAAAGCAAAAAAGAACGCGGAAAGGACACGAAAUACGAAAUGCGAUGGGCACAACCGGAAGAAUUUUCGGAAUUGAUUGUAAUGCCACGGAUGCUGUUGGAUCAUCUGCCGGAAAGCAUAGAAGAAGCUCUGGAAACCUUAAUGGAACAACAAAGCGAUCUACCAUAUUAUUUUGAUCCUUAAACGAACCAAAAGAAACAUUUUCUUUUAUAUCGACGAUAAUUACAAGAAAAAAGGAGACAUGCUCAUAAGCAACAAAAUUACUAAAUUUGUUGCACUGACUUAUUCAAUUUUUAUACACUGGUGUAGAAUUAAUGUUGCAUUAUUUUCAUAAGACAAAGAGUCAAAUUGUACUUACAAAAGUGACAAUAUUUGUCAUUUGUGUUAAUUUU